AGUUGGAUUGUUUGUUCGGCUUCGGGUGUCACCCGCUUUGCAAUUUUAGUGAUAAUUUUAGAAAUAAUCGGUGUAAUUGCUGUUUGAAAUAAGUAAAAAAUGAUUUAGGAACUGUGAGAUGAAUUAAUUGGUGCAGUAUUGUUUAUACUGUAUGAGAAAAGCGGCCGCUUCCGCCAUGACAAUGGCCCAUACCGACGGGAAGUGUCCUGCGACACUUGUUCUAUAUUUUGUGUGUGUUUCGUUGUGUUGUCCAAUUUUAGCAUGGAGUCUGGACAUCCAAGUGGCAGUCCAGGGGAAAGUGGCAGAGAAUGCCACCUUGGUCUGCAAUGUAACACCCCACAACCCGACCAUGAAUGUUACUUGGAGAUUCAAUGGAAUCAAACUGGAGUUUGGUGACAGGAUAAAAGAGAGCGUCCGAGAAGAGAACGUGACGAGGGACGAGGACGGAAAUCCCAUCAAGAAGCAGACCUCAACUGUUGUCUUAACUAAUGUGACGUCAUCGGACGCCGGGAACUACACGUGCUUGGUGACGGACGGUGACGUCACAGUGGGCAACCACACCCAGGUGCUCGACUUGAAGUUCGAGAGCAAGCUGCUGAACAAGACGAGCGGACCCGUAGAACAUAACAAGACUGAUACUACGAAUUUUGAGCUGUACUGCAUUUUUGAAGUAUACAAACCACCAAAAGAAGUUCAAUGGCGUAAAAAAGAUGUAAAGCAAGAACCUUACCUCACUUCAUUUCAACAAAUCGACAUCAAAACUAUCAAAACCGUGUACACAUUCAACAAUAGCGAACCAAAAGAUGACAACGAAAACAUAAACGGAACGUACAUUUGUGAAAUAACCGACGAAGAUUUUAAUAAGACGGUAUCUGGAGAAAUCGAUGUCAUAGUGUACGACAAACCUCGAAUUGAGAUAGGAAAUGCAAUAGCUAUAAGCACGUCUGAAAUCUUCAUCAAUUGGACCGUCCAGAGUAACAAUAGAAAGAUCAAGAAAUACAUCAUAUUGAUUUACAAUAAUGGAACUAAAACGUACACGGAUAAACCCACACCAACAAAUGCAACUUCAGCUAUUAUCCGUAACAAUAUAAAGAAGUCUAAGGAGUACAUUAUAGAAAUAACGGUUUUAACUGAUUAUGGGACUGAUUCGGCCAAAUUCCCUCCAGUGACAACACUAGCAGAAGACCCUAGUUACGUCCCAGUCUUGUCUAUUAACGGGUUUUCGGCUACUUCUGUUACCCUCGGAUUAGGAGAUAUACCUAAUGAAAUAGCCAAUCUGAUACAUUACUACAAUCUGGAGGCUAGGAAGAAGAGUAACACGGAGAAAAGCGAGCCGUUGACAGCUGUACACAUGAGGGAUAAUAGGAAUUUGCCUUAUAUGUUUGGAAAACUGGAUCCAUACAGUACUUAUAUAUUUAGGGCGCAGGCUUGCUCCGAAUUCGGCGACCUGAAGCGCUGCGGCAACUGGUCCCUGGACAAGGAGGCGGCGACGCUGGACGGCAUCCCGGGGGAGCCCAAGAACGUGCGCGUCGUGGAGUGCUCCAGCCGGGUCAUGAACAUCUCGUGGGAGCCCCCGGACAAACCCAAUGCGGAGAUCAAGGGGUAUACGUUGGAACUUACCGGUAACGCGACAUACACGGACCGCUACGGAAUGAGGAAGGAGGCUAUCUGGGGACCGCUCAUGAAAUUUAUGACAAAUGAGUCCAAAAGUGUCAGGUUCGACGACCUGCAGCCCAACACCCAGUACACAGUGCGCCUCAGCGCCAUGACGCGCAUGCGCCGGCGCGGCAAGGAGGAGACGCGCGCCUGCGUCACGCUGCGGGAGCUGCCCGACGCGCCGCCGCGCCCGCGCUGGCGGAAGAUACAGAACGGCAACUCUUACGUUUUUAAAAUGUACCUGCCCAGGAUCUCUGAGAGAAACGGCCCCAUCUGUUGUUACAGGGUACACAUGAUACGCCUCCGUCCACACCAAGAGCUGAAGAACCUGCCACCUACGAAGAACAUCAGCAUCAUCAACUAUGAGGAAGCGCACGCGGUACAUCCUGUGUUCGGCGCUUACAUCACCGAUGUUAUCACCAACGAGCAGUUCCCGCAGGACUCGGAGCUAGUGCUGGGCGACGGUGUCUCCAUCUACAGCCGCGACAGCCCCGCGCUGGCCGGCGCGGAGUGCCGCCGCUGCGUGCUGCGCCCGCGCGGGGAGCCCCGCCGCGCGGGCGACGGCGUCACUCUGGCGCAGAGCACAACAACGCCAGCGACGACGGCAGAAACGACUCUAGACCCAGACUUUCUGGAAGAUUUCACUGCGGAGCCCCCGCCUGAGGCGCCUACAAGGCGGAGGAGGAAUUUGGACGUCAGCGAUGAUAGAGACUUCUCGAACAACCAGAUACUGAACAAGCAUACUGACAAUAUACACAGAGAAGAAGAGUUCCUCAUCGAAGUGAGAGACGGUCCACUUGACUCCGGGUCCAACUACACGAUGUUUGUGGAACUGAUUGCGCCAAAUUCCGAAGAUUCACUGUACAGUGACUAUGUAAAUGCCCUAAUACCCGCCGCCACGCCGCCGCCGCACACGCCACCUAACAUACUGGAAAUAGCGCUACAGGUUACAUGUGGCGUAGCAGCGUUGGUCCUCGUCUGCAUGAUAGCGUUCUGCAUUCUGCAGACAAGAAGGUCGAGGAAACUGCCCCAAGCGCCUCUGGAGAUGAAUCCGGUGUUCAGGUACAUAGUGGAGCACCUGGUGGGCCGCCAGCCGCUGCUGCCCGCCAGCCCGCCCGACAUGCCGCCCAUCCCGCGGGAGGAGCUGGCGCGCGCCUACGCCGACCGGCAGCUGGACUCCGACUACGGCUUCCAGAAGGAGUUCGAGUUGUUGCAGUUGCUUCCUGACUGCUACAGCGACCGCACCACGCACGCGUCCGAGGCGCGCGAGAACCAGCCCAAGAACCGGUACCCCGACAUCAAGGCCUACGACCAGACCAGGGUCAAGCUGGCGCAGCUGGACGGCGUCGCCGGCUCCGACUAUAUCAACGCCAACUACGUCUCCGGGUAUAGGGAACGCAAACAAUUCAUCUGCGCCCAAGGGCCCACAGAGACGACCGUGAACGACUUCUGGCGCAUGAUCUGGGAGCACGGCCUGGAGCUCAUCGUGAUGCUGACGAACCUGGAGGAGUACUCCAAGGUGAAGUGCAGCAAGUACUGGCCGGACGAGCUGCGCGGCUCCAGGAACUUCGGCAGCAUCACCGUGCACCAUGUCGAUGAGAAACGUUAUUCCGACUAUAUAGUCCGUGAGUUGCGGAUCACCAAGGCGCCUACGAAUUCUGAUGGACAACCGAUUGUUGAGAACAACGGCAUCGCUAAGAGGAAUGGAGAUUGCGGCGGCGCAGGGUCCGGCUCGGACACAGCGCCCACGUCCCCCCGCGAGGGCAAGGGGGAGUCCCGGCUGGUGAAGCAGUACCACUUCCUCAUGUGGAAGGACUUCGCGGCUCCUGAACAUCCACACUCCAUACUCAAGUUUAUAAAGCGCGUGAACGAGGCGUGGGCGGGCAUGGUGGGGCGGCCGGCGGUGGUGCACUGCUCGGCCGGCGUGGGCCGCACGGGCACGCUGGUGGCGCUGGACUGCCUGCUGGAGCAGCUGCGCGCCACCGGCCACGCCGCCGUCUUCAACACCGUCUGCGAGCUCCGCCGCCAGAGGAACUUCCUGGUGCAGUCGCUGAAACAAUACGUGUUCGUGUACCGUGCGCUGGUGGAGUACGCGCAUUAUGGCGACACGGAAAUUCCGGCUUCUCGCCUGAAGGCGUCCAUCGACCGCCUGAGGAACACGCCAGAGGGCGCUGACAAAUGUCUCAUGGAAGUAGAGUUUGAGAAAAUGAUAAACAGUCCAGUGGCCGAGCCCGUGAAGUCUUGCGCGGCCGGCGCCGGGGACGAGGUGCGCGCCAAGAACCGCAGCCAGGACUACCUGCCCUACGACCGGAACAGGGUCAUACUCACCCCCAUACCGGGGAGGGACUUCUCUACUUACAUCAACGCUUCGUUCAUUGAAGCGUACGACAACUCGGAAGGUUUCAUCAUCACACAAGAUCCUUUGCCAAACACGAUAGCUGAUUUCUGGCGGAUGGUGUGUGAACACAAUGUGUCCACUAUCGUCAUGCUCAGCGAGCUGGGCGAAGGCAAGUGUCCGAGAUAUUGGGACGAUGGAACGGCGCAGUAUGACAACAUCUCGGUGCAGUACGAGGAGAGCGAGUCCUGUCCGUACUACACGCGGCGGCAGUUCAGGCUCACUGAUACCAGGAGCGGCGAGACGCACGCCGUGCGGCAGCUGCAGUACCAGGGCUGGCCCACGGCGCCCGGCCACGUGCCCGAGGUCACGCGCGGCCUGGCCGAGCUGGCCGACGCGCUGCCGUCCGCCGCCGGCACCACGCUGCAGCACUGUCUUUACGGCACAGAGCGGUCGUCGCUGUUCGUGGCGCUGUGCAUCCUCAUCAGCCAGCUGCGCACGGAGCGCCGCGUGGACGUCAACUGCGUCGCCAGGAAGGUCAGGGCGCAAAGGAACGGCACCAUAGACACUUUCUUGCAGUAUGAAUUCCUCCACCGUGCCAUACUCAACUAUGCGGAACUGCACAAUCUUCUAGAAGACAGUUAAGCAGCCGCCAGGGGGCGCUGGUGACUUGUUGAUAAUACAGAAGAAUCACGGAAUUAUUGAUGGAAACUUUUGGGUAAUGUUAUUCAGGGCGAUCACGCAGGAUUUGAUGGUACUAUUCAUAAAUAAUACAGGUGUUAAGCCCGCACGUAACGUAAACCUUUAUUUUAUCUCAGACGUUUCGAAUCAUCAGUGAAUUUUUGGGUUAAUUU